AUGCAAAACACCGAGCUGAACGAUCACGGAACACACUCGUCAGAGCAAGUCAUAGAACAUUCUUACUCUGCUGAACCGAGCAACCCAAAUGACGUUCCUAUGGAUUCUAGUGCUGCAGACCUUCUUCCUUCAUCACUUUCACAAGGCAGUGAAGCGUCAUUGACACCCGGCCAAGGCACACCUCGUGGAACCGACGACGACAUGGAAGAAUCUGCAACAGCUCAAAGAUCUGAGCACGACCGCUACACACUGGUAACAUCGAGAAAGCGUCCCAAACCAAGCGAGUCACCGCCUAAGGCUUCACAAGUAGGACCAACCGUCAUAUUUGUACCAGCGAACCACACAGAUUCCCUCACCAAACUUAGCAUCAUGAGAGUUUCCUCCGAGCUGGAAAACCACUGCCCAGAAAGCAUCCAGAUGAUACGCCCAAACAACCGACUGAACUUGAUCGCAGUAGACACCAGAAACGCACAGGCCACUCGAUCGCUUCUAAAACUAACAUCUCUGUGCGGAGUCACUGUGAAGUCGUACGAGCCCGGACCCCGCGAUGGAGCCGUCGGCGUCAUCAAGGGUGUUGGCGACGACGUUGAUGAUGCUCUCCUAAAAGCUGGGCUAACCUCGGAGAUACCCGUGGUCCACGCCAGAAGACUAGGUAAAUCUCAGGUAGUCAGGAUCCUUUUUAAUGGCCCAAAAAUGCCCAAGUACGUGCUGCUCUCACGGGUCAGGUACCAAGUUUGGGAUUUCGAAGAGCGCCCCUUGCAGUGCGCCAACUGUGGCCGUUUCGGCCACAAGACUGUGGUCUGUACGAAGAAUCAGAUGUGCAGUCGAUGUGGAGGCAGCCACAGUCGAGCGAGCUGCGAAGCUUCUCCCCUGUGUGUUAACUGCGGCAGUGAACAUGAUGCCCUUGUAGCUUCCUGUCCCAAACAAGUUGAACAAAGAGAACUUGCCAAGAACAAAAGAAGAUUUCACAGCAACGAUCAGAGCGGCCACAAAUACACGCCAGAAGUGGGGCCACCUCUAGAGAUUUUAAGGCCCCUACAACCACUCAAACAAGCCAGCAAGGAAACUGCCAUCCAGCACCCUGCUGCUCAAGCAAUGACACCCAAUCUUGAGCCCCGCAAGGAAAGGGGGCCCCCACAGUGUAGCUAUAGAGACGCUCUAAAAAAUGUGCCGGACAAGAAACAUCCACCUACGCCCCCACGUAGCACCCCAACUGCAGCAAUGCAAUCAAAUACACAAGAACAUACUAAGGUAAACAAAGACGGAACAACGAAUGAGCGCUCUACUGAUAACGCUAAACAAGAAACAGGGUCAUUUUGUAGGACAGCAAUUAAUGUCGUAAUUGAUUAUGUUCGCCGCUUACUUAAUGACAGCCAAUCAGAGUGGGCGAAAGUUUUACUUAAACUGGUCGACUUCGCACUUCCGUACAUCUACACCUUGGUAAUGUAG